GGUUGUCAUACGCUACCACUCAACCAACCAAUCAACCAAUACAUUCACCAAAAUCGGCCCCUCGGCAGCGGCUGGCUCUCACCCACCGAGCCCAUCUCUCUCUCCCUCUCCCCCGUCGCUCACAUGAUGGCACAGUCGCGUUUCUUCUUGCCUCCAGAGUAGUCGUGGUGCCUGCCCAGGAAACGACCUGGGCCGUUCGGACGACCGCCGCCACCCACGGGAGCCUGCACACACACGGACACGCACGGACGCGGCAGAAAUGAGCGAUGGGCCGCCCCAUGGAUGCGCUCGCUCGGCCUCGUACCGAUUGUGGUCUCUGCAUCUGAGCCCUCUCAGCUUGGGCACGACGCUCCUGAGACACAGCCCGCAAGGACAACCAGACAGCCACAAUGAGCAUCACACCACCAACAACACACCAACACACACACACCCAGUACGGGUACCUCUUCCAUCUGCAGAUGCAGCGCAAAGGCCAGGUCGCCGUCGGUCGACCCGUCAGUCACGGCAUGCGACCCCUGACCCGCCCCAACAGACGACCCAGCAGCAGCAGGUGGGAUGGGCGAUGGCCUGGGGACAAUCUGCUGAGGCGCCGUGACGGUGAUGGGUCCCUGGAGGGGAGCAAAACCCGGCUGAGGCCGGAGGCCGACUGGCACGCCCAUUGUCACGGGAUGGGCGGGCGGUGGGCGGGGCUGCGACGAGCGGCCGGGGCGGGGCUGCCAUGCAACUCCCCCACCAUACGAGGUGGACUGAGGCUGAGGAGCCACCGAUGAUGGGACGGGGACGGAGGGGUGAGGAGGGAGCGUCGGGGGAAGGGGGUGAGCCGGGGCGGCGGCUGCCGCUGCUGCUGCUGCUGCCGAGACUGGCGUGUUGACUCUGCCGUAUUUCGUUGACUGCAGGGACAUGCACAGACAGGCACGGAGGAAGGAUGAAUGGAAGGGCCGGAUCUCUCGGCUAUGGAGGGAUGGAUGACCUGGAAGUUGGAAUUGACGAAGACGGUGUCGCCCCCGAUGUCGUUGAGCUUCUCCCACACCACCUCGGGGAUGUCGCGGUAGCCCUCGUCCGUCACCAAACUGUACAGCGUCUGGUCAAGCUUGAAAACUGUCGCAAAAUGGUUGUUUCCUGAACACGCACACACAACCACGACACGUUCAUUCUCUCCCCCAUUCCUUCAGAUGUAUGUGUGAUCUGGGUGCUUACGAAAGAAGACGCACAGCUGCCUUUCCCUGACGGUGCCGUGCAGUGCCUCCAGCCCCUCAUAGGUCAUCUGUGCGGCCGUGUUCUCCAGGAAGGCCUGGAUGAUCUCACCCUCCUCCAUCGCCUGAUGGAUCUCGCGCAUCGAAGGGCCAGGGGCGCCUCCGCCCCCACCGCCCCCAGCACUGCCCCCGCUCCCUCUUGCAGAGCUCGAUCGGCCGCCUCCCCUGGUGGGGCUGAGACUCCUCGACCCGGCUCGCGGCCUUCCACUGCCGCUCCCGGCAGCAGCUGCUGCUGAUGGGCUGCUCGUCGAUGCGGACACCCCCCUGCCAACCCGCGAUGAGCGCAUACUCGCGCCGCCCAGUGCGGGCGAGCUGCCCGGCUCCCCCUCGCCCUCAUGCUCGCCCUCUGGCUCCUCGCUUGUCGUCGGCGGUGCGUCGCUGGCGGCCCUCUCGGGCACAUCCACAUUGGGGAAGGCCGCACACGCGACGGGGGAGGGUGCGAGGGAUGGGGCGGUUUUGGGGCUGCACUCGCCCGCCUCGUUGGCCUCCUGGAGAGCCAUCCGCCGGGCCGACGAGGCCAUGUCGUCCUCGGCUGGUGCGGAGAGGGAGAGACUGGCGAGAGAAGGGCCCGCCACUCGCCGUGAGGAGCCGCCGCCGUCCUCCUCUGCCCUGGGGUACGCCGAUGAUGUGGCGGACGGGGUGGCUGCUGCUGCCGAUGCGGGCAGGCUAAACUGGUCGUCACGGUCGCGGAGACUGUUGACGUCCAGAUCUCGCUCGCCCUCAGGGUUGGGGAGGUUGCCUGUCUCCUGGUCAACACACGUGCUGCAGACAGACAUAAACAAGAUGCAUAGACAGACGUGUGCAGGGAGGAAAGGCGAUACACUUCUAGGUGUCAUAUCGAUCCGUACCUGCUGUCUGCAGCAGUGGAGCCGUUGCCCGUCGACUGGGCGUCGAAUCGCGGGCUGCCCGGCAGCGGCUGACCGUCCUCACUCGCACGGCUACGAUGCGUCCGGCCGGCCGGGCUGCCACCGCCCAGAGAUGCACCCGACCCAGGAGCGGCAGCAGCAGCAGCAGCUGCAGCAGCAGCCGAGCCAGCAGAAGCCGAAGCAGAGGCAGAUGCAGCAGCCGGUGGCUGGCUGUCGGCAGGGGAGAGGUUGUCGAGGUCGAAGGAUCCUCUGAAUAUGCGGGACUGGAGGUCCCUGUAUGUGAUGAGCCGCUCGAUGAGCUGGUUGUAGCUCAGGCUCGACACCACUUGGUACGUGGUGUGGUCCUGGGGAGAGCAGAUCCAGCCGUGCACCAGCUGAAAGACACAUCAGAGACAACCACAGCCACAGGAUGCAUCGAGCAGAUGAGCCAUCGUGUUUUUUGUAGCCGCCGGCUGGGAGACCUACCGUGCAAUCGAGCAUGUCAAAGACGCUCAGCUCGGUGGUGUACUCGAACGCCAUGCAGUCGGUGAACCUCACGUUGACGUCGAGCCCCACGUUGAGCCUUGGUAGUAUGGUGAUGACGUCGCUGAUGAGCUGCUGGAAGUUGGCGUCGGUGGCGGCAUUGGAGGCCGACCGCGGGUUGGUGUCGAGCAGCACGUUGCUGACCUGCUGCACCAGCGCGUCAAAUGUGACCUCCUUGGUCCCGUCGGGGUACUGGAGACGAUUUCGCAGCAGCAGAAUGUUCGCUAUCGCCAGCAGCGGACCUGGUGCGACACAGGCAGACAGACAGGGACGACGUGAGUGUGUGUGUGACAGAGUUGCGCGUGUGUGUGUCUGUCUGCCUUUUGCGUGUGGUCUUACAUGGUCCGUUCUCUGCCUGCAUCAGGAUGGGCGUCUUCCUGCCCAGGAACUCUAUCCAUUUGGUGCGGUACGCCUUCGCCGUCAUCCUUGUGUCUGAGGAGAAAGGAGACGUCGGAGCGAUUAAGAUGAUGAAAAC